AUGCUCUCGGCGCACAGUACGGAGUCUUGCACAAAGCAAGCGAUGGAGACGAAGCUGCUGUCAAGCAACCCCUUGACAAAACAAUGUAUGACCCGGAAUCUUCAUGCUAGCAAUGAUAUCAUAUGCACCUUGAGUGUGACUGGUGGCGUUAGGUCCUUCGACAUGGCCAUGAGGAUCCAGGAACGUUACUGGACAGCUAUACCCACAUGGAAGGACGUGACCCAUGAGGAAUUCAUCUCCCAUCGAUGGCAGCUCAAUAAUACUGUCAUGAACAAUGCCAAAUUGUACCGUUUCUUGUCCGACACACUCCCAGACGUCUUGGGAGCUACCCAAAAUGAGCAUCUUAAGCAUAUCAGGACAAAAGAAGACUUCAUUAGAGAUGCUAUAAGUGCCCUCAAGCUGGCUCCAAUGGCAAUCCGUCUGACACCACACAUCUUGUCUCGUGUUGACUGGAAUAAUCCCCUGGAUGAUCCGAUUCGUCGACAAUUCUUACCCCUCAAGAGCGGAAUGAUCCCUGACCAUGAGCACAUGAAACUGGACUCGCUGAACGAAGAGGCUGACAGUCCUGUUCCUGGACUGGUCCAUCGAUACCCCGGUAGAGCUUUAUUUCUGGCCACUUCCAUUUGCCCAGUGUAUUGCCGCUUUUGUACCCGAUCCUACGCGGUUGGAGGGAACACAGAUACAGUCGCAAAGAGAGCCCAGAAACCAAAUCGCGCGCGGUGGGAAGUCAUCUUCAAGUAUAUCGAGGAUAAUGAUUCCCUACAAGACAUUGUUCUUUCUGGAGGCGACAUCUUCUAUCUCGAGCCGCAUCUUCUCAGGGAAAUUGUAGAACGUCUGUUGAGUAUCCCGCAUAUUUUUCGCAUCCGGCUCGCCACCAAAGGGCUAUCGGUCGCACCUGGCCGCUUUCUUGAUACUAACGACGGAUGGAUGGACACACUGAUGGACAUCUCUAAUCAAGGUCGGAAAUUAGGCAAGCAAGUGUGUCUUCACACGCACAUCAACCAUGCCAGUGAAAUCACAUGGGUCACGAGAAUGGCUGCACGCAGACUCUUUGCGCAUGGCGUCAUUGUUCGCAAUCAAACUGUACUUUUGAAUGGCGUCAACAAUAACCCUGAUGCCAUCAAAGAGCUCAUAACGACUCUAGCCAAUAUCAACAUUCAGCCCUAUUAUGUGUACCAAUGCGACAUGGUGCAGGGCAUCGAGGACCUCCGGACCCCGCUCAGCGAAAUUCUCAGGCUUGACAAGUUGAUGCGCGGUACCCUGUCGGGCUUUAUGAUGCCAGCUUUCGUCAUUGAUCUGCCAGGUGGUGGUGGUAAGCGCCUUGUCUCUACAUAUGAGAGCUAUAACGAAGAGACUGGAUUGGCUGAAUAUCGAGCACCUGGAUUGCCGGGGCAAAAAGGUGAAAUGAUCUACAGAUAUUACGACCCAAAGCCUGUGCAUGAGUCAGAGCUUGCAGAAUUCCGCGCACAACAAGAAAGUGCACUACAUCGGGGAGAGACACUGGAGCAAUUUGCCGCUGCAGCUUCACCUAAGGCAGUAGCAGGAACCGAACGCCUAAAGAAGCCAUCAAAGCCAAGUCCAGUUCUGGAACCAGCUCCGGCCAUAGAACAUCAAUCAGCUACCGAGUCCAAGUCAGCUUCGAAGCUCAAGUUGAACGAUUCAGAGGCGAAGCCACGGUCUAAACCGAUCCCCAGGUUUGAGAGGGCCCCACCGACAUCUCCACUGCCAGGUCUUAGAUACUUGCCAACCCCAGACACGGCUGAGCGGGCCAUGGGAGCACGCUUCUAA